UUAUUAGUCGACUGGUGCAGGGCUGUUCUCGUUCUGUACGAUGGUUCGCUUCUUCGUCCAGUUCACUAACGGUCAGACCGUCUACUAUCCUGGCCAGACAUUGUCUGGCAGUAUUGUCCUGGAACUGAGCGAACCGGUACGCUCCCGUAGUGUUUGCUUGGGAAUACACGGCGAAGCCUACGUUACCAAGAAGGAAGGCAAAAUCCGCUACUAUGACAAUGCCUGCUACCUCAACCACGUUCUCAAACUGUGGAACGCUCCACCUGGUCAAGAGAGCCUCCCGACUGGUAUACAUCAGUUUCCAUUCUCAUUCAAGUUGCCUGAUCGUCUGCCUACGUCGUUUGAGCAUGAUGGCGGCUUCCUGGCUGCUGAGCGUGGGUAUAUCCGGUACUGGAUUGUUGCAAGUGUCGACCGACCCUGGCAUUUCGACAUCAAAUGUAAAGUGCCGUUCACCAUUUUGGAAUAUAUCGACAUCAAUGAUGCGUGUUUGCUUCACUCGAUGACGAGCGAGAACGAAAAACAGCUCUGUUGCUGUUGCUGUGCAUCUGGCCCACUUUCUCUUUCUGCCAGCGUCGAUCGUAUGGGGUACUGCCCUGGUGAGACGGUCACUAUAUCUGCAUCGGCUGAAAAUCACAGCUCAAGGCAGCUCCUAGGUCUGCAAGCUCGGUUGGUUGCAGUCACCACCCUCUUCCCAAAUAGCGGAAAUCUGAGACGCAACAAGGUCACGGUCACUCAGAAAGGAACAGGAAGGGCCAUUCAACCAAGAGGUAAUGACAGUUGGCGUAAUGCCAAGCUUGAGAUUCCUGCUCUCCCUCCGACUAUCAACUCAUGCAGAAUCUUGGCCCGUGAUUAUUAUGUACAAGUGGAGAUUGUUGUUGCUGGAGGACUUGACCUUGAAACCUACUUUCCAAUAAUUAUUGGCUCUAUUCCAUUCAGGGAGUCAUCCCAGGUCAGCAGUGUUGUCACUAUUGAUAGUCGAGGCACUCCACCUCGACUGACUGUCCCUCGAUCUGCUUUCAUCAUCCCUGUUGCUGUACCACAGUUCACAGUUUCAAAUCAAGUUAUCAAUGUUGCAGCAAAUGGUGAUCAGAGUGCAUUGAAUUAUACCCCUGUCUAUCCAUAUGCUCACAAUGCCAGGGAGGCCCCAACUGCUACUCGUGAUGAUCCACCUGAAUAUGAAGAAGUAAAGGAAGACCAACCUCUUUUGUAACCUGCAAUGGUGUGAUGGACUGGCAUACAUACUGUAUUCACUGCAUAUGAUUGUUAGUUGACGUAGCAUGCUCUUUUCACAUUCAAUUAGGGAUCACAAAUGCCAAUAAGAGUUAGGUGUGAUUGACUAAGAAAUUUUAGAUGCUAGC